UCAACUUGUCCCUGUCAAGCCUCCCAAGGGCAUAGUAGCUAGCACCGAUCAAGAGAAAGAUGGCGCUUGCUCCCCGGUUGUCUCUGCGCUCCCUGUUGCUGCUCAUGUCCCGCGGGAAGCCACAGCCACAGGCGUUCUGCGCUUUCUUCUCCUCCUCCGUCACGGCCACAGGCGUUCUGCCGGCAGCUCCAGGAGCUGAUACCCCUCCCGCUGCUCCGGCCGUUCAGCCUCCGGUCACCACAGCUGGGGGUCCACGUACAUAUCGGGAAGAGACUGCUCUUCAGCCACUUCAUGGGGGUCCACGUCCACCUCGAGCCGUUAGAGAUAUAACUCACACUCACAAGCUUUGUCUGAACGCCCAUCAAGAUCUUAGCGCAUACCAAACUCCUGAUCAUGGUUCAUCCAGCACACUUGAACCUGUACCUGUCAAGCCUCCCAACGGCAUCUCCGAAGAUCCUGGACACCCGGUUCUUGAUCCAGGAAUUAGGACGCCUAGCGUUGUAACCAAUGGUUCAUAUAGCACACCUGAACCUGUACCUGUCAAGCCUCCCAAGGGCAUCUUGGAAGAUCCUAAACACCCGGUUCCUGAUCCAGGAAUUAGGACGCGUAGCGCUGCAAUCAAUGGUUCAUGUAGCACACCUGAACCUGUACCUGUCAAGCCUUCCAAGGGCAUCUUGGAAGAUCCUAGACACCCGGUUCCUGAUCCAGGAAUUAGGACGCGUAGCGCUGUAACCAAUGGUUCAUGUAGCACACUUGAACCUGUACCUAUCAAGCCUUCCAAAGGCAUCCGCAUCUCCGAAGAUGUUAAACACCCGGUUCUUGAUCCAGGAAUUAGGACGCGUAGGGCUGUAACCAAUGGUUCACGUAGCAAACCUGAACCUGUACCUGUCAAGCCUCCCAAGGGCAUAUCUGAAGAUGUUAAACACCAAGAUCGUGAUCCACCAUGUAGGCCUAAAGCUGUAACCGGCCAGUCUGCACAGUGCUCUCCGGCUGCUCCUGACGUCUAGCCUCCGGUCACCCCAGCUUUGUCAGAUUCAUCCAAGCCAGAACGUCCUUGUUCAUCAAGGGUUUGUUCUUCAUCCACUUCCGGGGGGUCUACCUUGUUAGAGACUUAAUCUCGUUGCACCUGUUAACUUUUACUUAGCUUAUGUUUCACAAGAAUAAGUUGUCCACGUAGCGUGAGGUUGUUCACGUCUUGUCCAGGUUUCGUUAUGGCGUGUAGCUAUAUCACAUCGUAGAAGGCCGUGGUGACCGCGUCGUGGGAUGGCACGAUCAAACGCAAGCAUGAUGGCAUAGUUGGGUCAAUGGAUUGAGUGGCAUUGGGAUGGCAAUGCCGUCGCCCAUGUUCCGAUAUAUGCUUUUACUUGUGUAAUUGAAGACUAAAUAGGAAGAGGCAAAAAAAAUGAAAAAAAGUUGCAUCAGUUGCAUGCAAGUGCAAAA